AGAAGCAACGAGGCGUGGAGAGGCGAAGAGAUGGAUGUGGAGAAGAGGGGAGGCGAGAGCGUGUGAGUCGUUCAGGCCGUUUCGGUUGUUCGCGUGGCGUGCGAGCAAUGCCUCCUCGUUAGCUUUCCCCAUUCUUCUCUCCUACACACAUACACGCGUAUAUAGAUAUAUAUAUAUAUAUAAUUAUAUAUAUACAUAUACACCCUUGCCCGACGCACCAUCUUCUUCUCCUAUCCUGCCCUGUUUGGACCAGCUAUCGGGCUUCCAAGAAGACACCGCCCACGCAGCAACCGACCUCAGGAUUCGUAGGACGAUGGAUCGAGACAAGAAGAAGAGAGGCAGGGAAGAGCCGCGGGAACGACGAGCCGCCGCGGUGACGGAGGCGGAGCAACCGAAGAAGAAGGGGAAGAGGAGCGAGGAGGCGGAGGCCGUACCCGAGAGCUGCCGCGUGGACAUCGUGGACGUCACCGACGUGUUCCGCCCGCCGGGGCUGUUCGAGUUCCCGUGGCAGAAGGGCGAGGUCCUGCUGCUGCCGGAGCCGCCUCAUGACUGGGACCUCGGCGACGCCUUUUUCUCCUCCCUCGUUGACGGCUCCUCCGCCGCCAUCGGGUUCCCCGGCGACCGGCUCUCCCCCACGGCCCCGGGCCCCUUCUGCCUCCCCGAGGAGCCGUCCGACGGGGAGCUGGACGGCGGCGUGGAUUGCAUCUGGAGCUCCGUCCUCCGCCAGCCGCUCUCCACCGUGUACAGCAAGAACUGCAACGCAUGAAGAGAGAAUCGUAACAGGUUCUUCCUCUUUUUCUUUUCCCAGGCCUUUCUCUUCUUUUUGAACUUAGAUGUUAACUGUAAUGGUUACAAGUGAUGAAUCCUAUUCGAAAAAUUCAUCUUAUUUAAAUGCUUCAGUUAUAUUC